AGGGCUGUGUGUGUGUGUGUGCGCCUACCUAAAUUCAGCUCACUCUGGUCACAUAAUCCUCUAUGUCAGCCAGUGGUGGCUUGAGGAGAGAGCACUUAACAGCGUGCGUGUGUGUGUACAUGUGUAUGUGUUUGUGUAUGCAUGUACAUGUGUCUGUGUGUAUCUGUACAUGUAUCUGUGUGUAUGUACAUGUAUGUGUGUACAUGUGUCUGUGUGUAUGCGCAUCUAUGUGUGUUUAUGUGUAUGUACGUACAUUUGUGUUUGUACAUGUCUGUGUAUGUAUAUGUGUCUGUGCAUGUUUUUCUGUGUGUAUGUACAUGUAUCUGUGUGUAUGCGUGUCUGUACAUGCCUGUGUGUGUAUACAUGUGUCUGUAUGUACAUAUGUCUCUGUGCAUGUGUGUACGUUUCUGUGUGUGUGUGUGUGUGUGUGUGUAUGUACAUGUCUGUGUGUGUGUACAGGUGUCUCUGUCCCUGUGUUACACCCAUAUUCAGGGUGUAACAUG